UGUCAGGAGUCCAUAGUCACUGCAGCGUACUGUGUCUGCCCGCCGCCAUGCUACCGUCAGACGCCCCAUUGACAGUGUUGCCUUGGCGCAUCCUGGUCCCUCUGCUGCAGCUAUAUGGCUGCUUCCCAUACAGGAUAUCUUCCACCAACUCUCCGCCAGUGUUCAGCCUCCCGCUGUGCCUGUGCAGCGUGGCCAUGCAGUUAUUGAUGGUCAUUUUGUUCAGCAAGUGGUCCGGUGUGAACCACAUAUCAUUCUUCUCACUGGACAUGGGCACCAUCUGCUACAUCUUUUCCACCAUAGUCGUGUUGGUUUCAUUGUGGCUGGCUGGCUUCAUCCUGCUGAUAAACAGUGUUGCAGUCGCUGCUCUGCUGCAUGACCUGUCCCAGAUGAAGAAUGUCUUCUCGCCGUCCUGGCGCCAUUGGUUGUGCAACGCGAGGACACUGCUGAUGCUGGCAUACGGGAUUAUUUUAACAUGCUUCUCUUUAACGUUCACCCUCUUCGCAGUAAGACCCUCUACUGUCUUGGAGACUUUGUUCCUCACAAUGGCUGCAGUGGUCUGUUCUGUCAUCUUCUGGCUGCCCAUAGAGCUGUUCUACUCGGUGCUCGCCGUCCAGGCCCACCACCUUCUGGUCAAUACAAAGGCUACUGCGACCAAGGUGUCCGCUUUCCUUGCCGGUAACGAGUCUUUUAAGUGCGAGAGUGACGUGAAGACGACGAUGGCGGCGCUGGUGCACCUGGACGCUGUCAUUCAGGAGGUGGAGGUGAAGCGGGCGAAGACCACACGCCUGUUCUUCCCAAUCAUCAACAUAUUCUUCGUGAUUGCAAUCAUGUUGGCUAUCACCAGCCCUUACACUAUCAUUCAAGGGAGCAUUGCAGGCGGCGGCACCUUCGGAUCGUUACUAUUAGCUUCCCACAUCAUGGGCAGCCUGUUUCACGCGGGCCAAAUGUUCACCAGCCAGGUGAGUGAAGCCGAGGGAGUCUUGAAGCAGCUGAGAGCCAAGAGUCAGGACCUCAGUGUCAGCCUGAAGGUGAACCUUGUGAUGGGGAGUUUGUCGUCUUUACUUACCUUCGAUGUGUGUGGCUGGUACACCCUCAGCUAUUCCUCCCUCCUUGCAAUCUUCAAUACUAUCAUGACCUACAUUGUGAUAAUAUUCCAAGAAGGAGGAGGAACCAUCAAGAACUCAUAAGCCCUUACGACCACUCAUAGAAAACGGAGAUUAUCAAGGAGAAACAUCAAUAAACCGAGGGCUUUGAUGGGAUACUUGCAGAAAAAUGUAGAGAAGGAAAAUUGUGAAAGUUUGGGCCACAGUUUGUUUUGAAAGGCUAUACAGAUGAUAAGUCAGUUUUAUGGGUAUUUUAUCUCAUUUGUGAUGUAGAGAGUCAAUAUUAAACCACCACGAUGCAUGAAAACACUCCUGAAGACUCCAGUAACAUCCUCUGCAACAUGUUCACGCUAUGUUUGUGCAUGAAGUUCUUCAUAUUCACAAGACAAACUCAUAGAAUCGCAAGUUUUUCAUAGAAUACGCGAUUAAUUUGGUUUUUAUUCAUUUAUUUAUCUUAAUAGAAAGGUGAAGCGAGUGUGCACAUAGAGCCAAGAUGGACACAUGACUCACUCCUGUGGGUUCUCUUGUUUCGUUGUGUGUGCAUCAACAUCUGUAAAAUGUAAUGAACUCGCAUGUUACCGAUGAGACACUUUGUACUUAUCAACUUGAAAUAAAAAAUAAAUCUACUUUCAAAACACCCUUACGAAUGA